AAAGACGAGAGGAGGGGUCACUCUUCCCUCUCUUUUCUCUCUCUCCUCUCACUCUCUUUCUCUCUUUCUCUGUGUCUCUCUCUCUCUUUCGCCCCUCCCUCCCCUACCACAUUUGACUUGCUAAUUAUUUUAGACGUGAGAGAGCGAGAGAGGGAGAGGGAGAGAGAGAGAGAGAGAGAGAGAGAGAGAGAGAGAGAGAGAGAGAGGAUGCAGUGGUAUAAUGGUUUCUAGCUUCCAGGACAGAUUCCUCUAUCCUUCCCUCGUUUCUCUCCUCUCUAUCAGUAUUGUGGGAUGACGACAUUUGAAUCAUAUUGGCGUUUGUUUCUUCUCCUCCGGACUCCUUCAUUCCCCUCGUCUGGUUGCUGUUCCAUCACGUCUGCUUUCAUUGUCCUCUCUUGAGCUAUUUUUUGUGAAUGCAGGACAGAAGAUCGAUCAGAUAAUAUGGAUUACACGACACUGUGAGCAGAGAUUGGAAUGCAGUGGAACAUAAUACCAUCCCUGAGGAACUGAGGAACCCAGCGGCAAAAUAAAAAGAUAGAACCCCGGACUCAUGGCAGGUAGAGUUGGUGUGUGCAGCUGCUGAGGGAUUUUCUCAAUGGAGGAAGCGAUCUUGCGUAAUGCUCGAAUGCGAGUCUAGACUGUGCAUGAUGAAGAGAUGGGAUAUGAACCAUCUGUUGCAUGAGAAGGAAAGCAGGAGAAGCAUCUGUGUGUGAGUAAAUUAAGAGAACUGAAACAUCACUGUGAUCAGAGAACUGCUUAAACCAUUUGGACCGCCAUUCACAGUCACGCCUCAUUUUGGUCCGAACAUCAUCCAGUGGUGGUUCCACAUGCAGCUAAUGCACUAAACCAGGAAUGUUUUUAUCUUCACCUGUUUUACCAUCUAAGAUCAGCCUUCUCAACCCUGCAGCUGUGUUACUACUCACUGGUUUUACUCCACUGUAGCCGUCUCUCCUCUCAAAAGGGCUCCACAUGAGCAACUCAGGGACCCUUCAGCGUCGAACCACCUACCUCAUCUCCCUCACUCUGGUCAAGGUCGAGGCCAUAGGGAGUGAUGAAGGGACAAGUGAAAGGGCCAAUGAAGAGACCAUACCCCAGAGUCCCACCUUGGUCCUGGGGCUUGUUCAGGGCCCUGAGGAUGCAGCGAAAACCAAGGAAAAGGAGAGCAAGGCUCCAGAAGAGGACAAGGAACAGGGAUGUUCGGAGAUCAAAGAGCAGAAGGUGGAGAUUAAAAAGUCUAACGCAAGCAACAACGGAUGUCCGAUUAGGAAACUUCUUCCAAAAACCAAGGUUCCAAGUUACCCUCCUGUAGUGAGUCAAUACAAAGCCAGAGAACUUCAAAAAGACCCUGGGGUUCCUCUAGAUAGCAAAGAGAAGAUAGAAGAAGAGAUGGCAAAGAUGGAUGUCUCAAAAAUGGAUAUUUACAAACCAGACAUCCACAUCCCAACUUCAGAUCGGACCUCAGAUGACAUUGUGUCGAAUGGAACCUUGCUUCGUCCCAGCAUUCCGAUCCGUCUGAUCCAGCAUCCUGAGAUGGCCCUGAGACCUCAUGCUUCAGUCACCAUGAAUCGCCGUGACUUCAAAGAUACCAGCAAGACCAUCUCCUCCUCCGCCAAGAGCCUGGAUGUUAAAGCUAGAGAACACUCACCUCCGGUGACAAUCACCAUGACGAUGGGUCCAUAUCGAGCUUCCUGGUCAGAAAGUGAAGGCAGAGGGAUUUACCAGCGACUGGCCAUGGAACCAUUAAUGGUAGCCGAAGAAGGACUUCCAACAAGAGAAAGCCCUCGAGUAGAAAAACUUAAAACCAUCUCCACAUCACUCCCAGCUCCAGCCUCCACACGACCUCCUGCAAAACCACAACGUAAGGGGAAGAGCCGCACUUUGGACAACAGUGAUCUCAACCUGCUUUCUGAGGACCUGAAGAAGGGAAAGGAGAGUCAUGUUGGAACCAUGUUACGUUCUUCUACUCACGCUCCAGGAAAAGACAGAAAGAUGCUCAAGUUCAUCAGCGGCAUCUUUACCAAGAGCACACAGUGUCCUGUAAUGGCUCCUGUGGUUCCUGCUACUCCGAUUCCUCUGCACAGCCCCCUGAGGAGACGCUCAAGUGAGGAAGAAGUGAGUCAGGAGUGGUUACUGAGUCGAGCUCUUCAGGAUCUGCACCUGGCAGUGUUGGGGAGUCUGCGCAGUGGCAAAUCAGCACUCAUUCAUCGCUACAUGACCGGCCGUUACCUCGCUCUUGAGACUCCUGAGGUGUGUAGGUUUGAGAAGGAAGUUCUGAUUGAUGGACAGAACCACAGGUUACUGAUCCGAGAUGAUCCGGGACUACCAGACACACAGUUGUGUAGCUGGCUGGAUGGAGUGAUCCUGGUGUUCAGUCUGGAGAAUGAGAGCAGCUUCCUGGAGGUUUUUAACAUUUACAGAGAGCUGUGUGUGAAUCGGAAUGUGGCUGAAAUUCCCUUCAUCGUGGUGGGCACUCAGGAUAAAAUAACGAGCGCUAAUCCACGUGUGAUUGAUGACGCUCGGGCGAGACAGCUGUGUUCCGACGUCCACCGCUGUGUUUAUUAUGAAACCUGCGCCACCUACGGCCUGAAUGUCAACCGUGUGUUCACUGAUGCUGCACAGAAGAUCGUUUCGAUGAAGAGACAGCUGGCUCUCUACACGUCCUGCAAGUCCUUACCCAAUUCUCCCAGUCACUCGGGCGGAUCCACCCCACUGUGUGCAGCUUUUACACCACAGGCCAGUAAUGGAGGACAGAGCAGUGAUUAUUCCUCGUCUCUUCCCUCCACUCCUGUGAUCACUCACAAGCACAUCAGCAUGGCAUCUGGAGGAGAGAAACUCAACAGAACAUCUCAGUUCACAUUGCGCAGAGGCAGUGACUCAGAUCGGAGGUGUGCAGACAGUAAAGCAGAUUUUGGAAUUGGUCGCACAAUCCCGAUUAAACAGAGUGUGUUACUGAAGCGCAGUGGAAGUUCUCUGAAACAGGAGUGGAAGAAAAAAUACGUGACUUUAUCCGCUAACGGCACGCUGAGUUACCACUCCAACGUCAGUGACUACAUGCAGAAUGUUAAUGGUAAAGAAAUCGAUCUGCUGCGUGUGACGGUUAAAGUUCCUGGGAAACGCCCCCCACGAGCUGUACCAUCUUCUGCACCCCCCCCUGGGCUGAAUGGAACAUUUCAGGGUGAACUAACAGCAGACGACCCCUGUACAGGCUCGAUGUUAGCGAGUGCUCCUUUAUCAGUAGAUGAUGGAGGAGGAGGAGUGUAUGGACAGAGAACAGCUUUUACUCUCUCAUCUGUCCACAACAUCGAUAUCGAGGGUGUGCUGAACCCAGCGUUAAUAAAAGACCCGAGCACGUCUCCUACAGCCGACAGGAAGAAACAACGCAGGAAGAAAAACAUGACUCAGAGAUCAGAGAGCACACUGGGACACGCUGAGGCUAAACGCAAAAUGUGGAAAUUAAAAAGUUUUGGAAGCCUGAAGAACAUAAACAGAACAGAUGAUGAGAACUGUGAGUUCCUGAUUGUGUCCAGUUCAGGGCAGACGUGGCAUUUCGAAGCUCAGAGUACAGAAGAAAGAGACUCAUGGGUUCAAAACAUUGAGAGUCAGAUCCUCGCUAGUUUACAAAGCUGUGAGAGCAGCAGGCAUAAGGCGAGGAGGAACAGUCUGAGUGAAGCCGUGGCGAUUCAGGCCGUACGGAACGCUAAAGGAAACUCCUUCUGUGUGGACUGUGACGCUCCCAAUCCGACAUGGGCCAGUCUGAACCUCGGAGCUCUGAUCUGUAUUGAGUGUUCAGGGAUCCACAGAAACCUGGGCACUCACCUGUCCCGAGUCCGAUCUCUAGACUUGGACGACUGGCCGUGCGAGCUCACGCUGGUCCUCAUCGCAAUCGGAAACCAUCUGACCAACAGCAUCUGGGAGAAACGCACACGAGGACGCCAGAAACCCUGCCCUGAUGCCACUCGUGAAGAGCGUGAAGCGUGGAUUCGAUGGAAAUAUGAGCAGAAGCUGUUUUUAGCUCCUCUUUCCUCUCUGAAUGACGGAUUGGAUGCUCCUCUCUCGGCCCGCCUUCACGCUGCUGUGAUUGACAGGGAUCUCCCAAGACUCCUCCUUCUUUUAGCUCACAGCACGAAGGAGGAGAUUAAUGCUCCGCCCCCAUACAUGAUUCGCUACGGUAACGGGGGCAUGGCCCAGUCUCAGACCGCACUGCACGCCGCGUGUCAACUGGGAGAUGUGGUUAUGACACAACUACUGAUCUGGUAUGGCAGUGAUGUGAGGAGUGUGGACUCAGGAGGACAGACAGCUCUGUCUCUGGCUCGGCGAGCAUGCAGUCAGGUGUGUGUGGAGAUCCUGCUGCAGUACGGUUGUCCCAGUGAAAUCAGUCCCACCAUGUCCUCCACCUCCAUAACGUCUCCAUCAGGAGCAGCCAGUCCCAGUCUCUCCCGUAACAGCAGCUCCACCAGCCUGAGCCGGGCCAGCACCAAGAGACACCUGUCCUGAAGCACCAAGACACACCUGCCCUGAAGCUGAAAUAAAUGGUAACAGAAACAAUUUUCCUGUAAAAUAUAAAGCGAGGCUUCAGAUUUCAUCCCGAGCCCUGAAGAGGAGACGAGGAGAAUCAUGGGAUUAGUUACGGCUUCUAUACUGUGAUAUAAACAUUCACUCUGCGAAGACAAACCAAGAUCAUCACCUGCUUCAGAGGGACAUCAUCUGAACAAUAAACCUCAUCAAAACAUCUGUACAUAGGGGAGAGAGAGAGAGAGAGAGUGAGAGAGAGCGUGAAAGAGAGAGAGAGAGAGAGAGAGAGAGAGAGAG